UUACUCGUUAUAGCAUAGGCGCGGGAGAUCGACGGGAGCAGGCAAAGCAAAGCAGAGCCAGCUGAUGAAAAACAGCCUUAUGGCCAAAGACCGAGGAGUGAGGAGGGGAGGAGUGAGUGAGUGACCUUUUUGCGGGCGGGUGAUUGGAGGGGCAGGGGGCGUUUCUUGGUGAGGUGGGGUUGGCGUGAUCCAUACAGGGCUGAAAAGAAAACGAGACGAGUGAGUUUAAGUUGGAGCUACACUAGCUAGCUAUGUAAAGGCCGAUGAAUGAUGGACUUUUGAGCAGGACAGGGAUGUAGAAGGGAGGAAGGGAGGGGAAAUGCAAUGUAAUGCACGAUGCAAGUAGGCCCUGACAUGAAGAAAUGAAAGGGAAACGGGUUGGGUUUUCGUUCUAUUCAUUUUGUCGUUGUCGCAUGCGCGUCAGAUCACGGCUUACGUUUCUUGGUUCCAUUUCCCUUUUGGAUGGAUUCCCAGAGCACGAACCACCACCACCACCGCAAUCGUUGCCAGCUAGAGUUACAUUACAUUACUUCGUACAUUACAUCUGCAUUGCAGAGCAGGGGUCCGCAUCCGGAUCCACUUCUGCCCUACCUUGCCGCCAUCCCUUGUUUGGGUUGUUCCGUUUCUUUUCCUGCUGUUCCCUGUUCGCCGCGGUAGACGAGGAAGAGAGAGAGAUGAGGUGUGCGGCAAUAAUGAGGAGGGAUGGAGAUGCUAGCUCGUUUCUUGCCAGCCAACAUUACCUACUUGCGGUGUAUGGUAUGCUUGGUGGAGGGACUGGACUAGCGACUAGGUUCAAUGAAGGAGGGAAGGGUACGAUGGCGGAUGGCGUUUACGCCCACCUCACCUCAUUGUCUCAUCUUGAGCUCCUACCAUCAUCAGCGAGCAGCCAGCGACUUGCCGCCGCUAAUUUAAACUGCACGGAAAGAUGCUGUACAUACAUACAUAAAUAAGGGUGGUCCCCUCUCCUUUCCCCUCCCCUCCGAUGAUGAUCGAUGACCGAUGAAUGAGAGGAAGAAGGGAAUAUUAGGUUCU